GUUUUCUUUUCUUGCAUGGGAAACUUUCUGCCCUUCUUCUUCUUCUUCAACUUUCAAAACUAAAAUUUGGAUAAUGACGACAAAACCUCCCUCACUAGCUACUUGUAUUUACGAUUAUAAUGAAAAUUUUGUCUUCAUUUUCGUAAUCCCACUGUCACUUUCAAUCCUAUACUUCAAAAUUUAUGAAAAUCAACACAAUGGAAAAAAUGAAAUAAAAAAGAGGAAAAGCUUUUCAACAAUCUUUUGCCAGUUGGAGAACAGUCCCGAUGACAAGAAAGCGUUUAGGCGUUGGACGCCCAGAAACCGUCGAAUCUUGGAGGAGUUUGUCGUGGCGAUGGGUUUAGGGCAGUAUCUUCAAUGCCGGAGCCUUGCCAAUCAUCGCCUUUCAGUGAUGACGAGAGCUGUGAUUUUGACUGGGAUAGUCUUGGAUUUGGGCUAAUGCCAACAGAUUAUAUGUAUAUUAUGAAAUGCUCUAAAGAUGGGAAUUUUGAACGAGGUCAAAUGAGCCGUUUCGGGAACAUUGAGUUAAGCCCUUCUGCUGGGGUUCUAAAUUAUGGACAGGGCUUGUUUGAAGGCCUAAAAGCUUAUAGGAAAAAAGAUGGGGGCUUUCGUCUAUUUCGUCCAGACCAAAACGCUCUUCGUAUGAUGACCGGUGCUGAACGAAUGUGUAUGCCAUCACCCUCCAUUGAACAGUUUAUCGAUGCUGUGAAGCAAAUUACCAUUGCUAAUAGGCGUUGGGUCCCUCCGCUGGGGAAAGGAUCACUUUACAUAAGGCCUUUGCUCAUUGGAACUGGUCCAGUUCUUGGCUUGGCUCCUGCGCCCGAGUAUACUUUUCUAAUUUAUGCUUCCCCUGUUUGCAAUUAUUUUAAGGAAGGUUCGGCACCCUUGAACCUAUAUGUUGAGAAUGAAUUCGUUCGUGCAUCUCGUGGUGGAACUGGAGGUGUGAAAACCAUUUCAAAUUAUGCUCCGGUCUUAAAAGCUAUCACCCAAGCAAAAAACCGAGGGUUUUCUGACGUGUUAUACCUUGAUUCAGUGAAUAAGAGAGAUCUGGAAGAAGUUUCUUCUUGCAAUAUUUUCCUUGUAAAGGGCAAUGUUAUUUCAACUCCUGCUACAAAUGGAACAAUUCUUCCAGGAGUAACCCGAAAAAGCAUCAUUGAAAUUGCCCGCGAUCGAGGUUAUGAGGUUGAGGAACGAGCCGUUAACAUGGAAGAACUGUUCGACGCUAGUGAAGUUUUCUGCACCGGAACUGCUGUUGGUGUGGCCCCAGUUGGCAGCAUCACAUGUAUGGAUAGAAGGAUUGAAUACCGAACAGGUGCUAACACAACAUGCCAAGAACUAUAUUCAACUCUGGUUGGGAUUCAAACUGGAACCAUUGAGGAUAAGAUGGGGUGGACUGUUGAGAUCUCUUGAGUUUUCAUCUGUCCCACCGACAUGAAUAGUAAAUUGCAAGUCCGUUCUCUGUUUCGGGUUAUCCAUAAAAUGACUCAAAGUUUGGUUGUGUUUUACUUCUCAUAAGUUGAUCCGUAGCUAUAAUUAAUUAGCAAGCCUUUAACUCCAAUACAAGUAAUGAGUAUCAAAAGCUGGAGAUUCGUAUGAAAGUAAAUAAAAUAUUUUGAUGAAUAAAUUGUGGUAAAAUGUUUGAAAUGAUUAGUGUUGAUUGGAAAAUACUAAUUUGUAGGCCAAAAACUGGAGACAAGCUAUUGAAUUUGGUGAACUUUAAUAAUUGUGAAUGGACUACUUUUUCAUUAACUA